GCAUAUUUAGCUGUGUAGAGUGUGUGUGUGUGUCUAUAUGUUUAAGGGGGUGGGGUGUGUUAGAGAGAGAAAGAGGGAGAGUCUCUCUCCUUCAUCUCUCUCCAGCUCUGCUUCCAGCUGUUGCUGCAUUCCUGCACUCGUCGCACUUGGCUGAGGACCUCUCUUCUCUUAACCUGACCUGAAACAGGAGAUAUAGUCUUUUGUCAACAUUUACAACUUUUCAUGCCCAGCGGGGAAUGUGUUUUCUGUUAGUGCACAGACUGCCAAGGGAGAAGAGGCUGAACAUUUAAGGGAGUUUAGUCUGGAAACCUUUUCUGUCCUGGCCCGCCUGAGUGUUUUCCUGCAGGAUGACAGAAGUGGCCGGCCCGGUUUCAGCAAUAGAAUCUAAGAUGAGGUUUCAAACCCAGCCGGACCAGAUGUCUGCAGUUGAACCUAAGUCUCCACCCUUGGACCUAAUCGAUACAGGGAAAGGCCUGAAGGUCCAGACUGCUGCUCCUCAUCUGGUUAGUCUGGGCAGUGGCAGGCUGAGUGUGGCCAUCACCUUGCUCCCGCUAAAAGAAGGGGUGACACGUAUAGGCAGAGAUGAUGCUCCGGUUCCUCAAGAUAUCACAGUGCAGGGGCCUGGUGUUGAAGCAGAGCACUGCCUCAUCCUCAAUGAAGGAGGUGUGGUGACCCUUGACCCCUGCGGUCACCUUUGCAGCCUAGAUGGAGUCCAAAUCACUGUACCCACACCACUCACACAGGGAUAUUCCCUCUGUUUGGGUAAAUCCUGUUUUUUCCGCUUUAACCAUCCUGAGGAGGCCAGCAGAAUGAAGAGCAUGCUUCCACAGAAGAGCCCAGUGUCUGCUUUAGCCUACAAUACAGACUAUCUGAAGUUUAGCAGUGACUACAGUCAUGCAGUGGUGAGGGGUACGAAUAGUGCCAGAGGCAUGAGAUCAGCCUCCGAGCUGCGGGACUUGAUGGAUACCCUGCAGCGCAAGAAAGUUGCCCUGGAAAACAGCCUGAGAGCAAAUGGGAACGCUAAUCCCUCCUACUUCAGCAUGACACAGUCACCCCCCACCUCACCUGUGUCCAGUCCAUCCACAUCUUUUAAUUCUUAUCAAGAGCAGACGAGGUGUUUUUAUGGCUCCGACCGUCCUCCCCUUUCUAUGAAAUCUGCCUCCUCUCUUCCACCUGGACGACGGUCCGACCCUUCGUUUUCUCAUGCCUCCCGCUCUUCGGUUGGCCGUAGUCAGGACAGCGGUGGCGGACUCAGCGACAGUCGACGACAUUACAACCAGGGUUCAUCACCUCUACAAUCUGCGUGGAACGGUGGAGGCUCCACCUCUUCGGUGACCAGCAGUGAUAGCUUCAGUGUCACUUAUCCUGCUUCUUCCUCUUCACCCUGUGUUCCAUCAACUGGGGGUGCAAUAAGCAUGCCUUCAAGCCCUCGCCUAGGCCGUCGCACCUGUGGAAAACAAGAGCCAUCGUCCAGCAACCGAACCAGGAAAUACUCAGCAGGUUCACUGAGUGGAAUGAUGACAGGGGGGCAUAGCCGCUCGUUGCCUCGCCUUUGUCCUUCCCCAUCUCCCAGAGGUGACAACAAUGGAGUGCUGGCUUUGUCGACACUUCCUCCACGGCGAUUUGACAGUGCUGGUGGCUAUAAAUUUAGCAAGGACUUGUACAGCUAUGGUCAAAAUGCCAACAAUGAACUCAAUCAUAACUCAAGUGGUUCCUGCCAGCAAAUGUCCAGCAGGAAUCAAAUGCAGACCCCAACUCAGGGUGGAGGUGUUGUCUCCAUCUCCCUCUCUUCUCCAAAAACCUCUUGUUCCAGCAGUCAAACCAUCUGUCCCACUAAUGCCCCACCAGAUGUGACCAUUCCAUCCAAAGCAGGAGGCUCUUCUUCUCCGCGCAUUGCCAAAAAACUCAGCCUGACCUCCACCAGCUCUAUCAGCUCAACAAGCUCCACCCUCCCAGAAGCAGAACGUAUGGCUGGAAAGGAGACAUACGUGGGAGAGAGGGAAAGACACGGGUCCGAAAACACCUGUGCCCCAGGGAUGGGACUUGGAGACAGAAGGUCCUCAUUUGGGAAGGCGGGGGAGGAACCAGGGCUUGGUCUCGGUGAGAGGAGGCAGUCAUUUGGAAAAGCUGGGGUGACUCCCCCAGGGGGAUUCAGGGAAAGAAGAGGGAGUAUAAGCUCACUAAGUGGAAAGGAAGAAUUGACAGAUUACCACCAAUGGCAAAAAGAAGAAAGACUUCGUGAGCAGGAGGUAGAGAAACUGGAGAGGCAGCGGCUCGAAACCAUCCUGUCUCUUUGUUCCGAGUUCGGCCGAGCUGAAAGGAAUGGAAGUGGGCCUGCUCCGAAUUCCGCUUCAGCUGUUGCAGAUUUACAGAAGAUCAACCAGGAGCUUGAGAAACUCAAGCUGAACGAUGACGAUGAUGACACACCUUCUGUGUUUUCAGACUUUUCAGCCAUUAAUGGCUCAGAGGGGAACGAUAUCUUGACCUCCCCUGGAUCAGAAAACGGUUACUAUCAUGAUACUUUCAAGGUACAGCAGAGGAGCAGCGGUGCACACAGAGACUACAGAGCUGAAUCCCCUCCUGUCAGUCUGAAAGCCUUUGCUCCUAUACCUGCUCCACGAACACAAAAGACCAGUAAGGUUCUAGAGAAUGGUACUCACAGCCAAGAAAAAGACUUUGCAUCUUCAGAGGUGGAAGUAAGGCAUGUGGAGGAGGAGAGAAUUCAAGUGCUAAACAACAUUGAGGAGCUGGAGCAAAAAAUUAAAGAGCUGGACAACCAAAUGGAGGAAUCUGCCCGAGAGGUGGAGGUUGAACAAGCGCUGGUUGAGGCUGAGCAGGAGUCAGAAGCAGCUGCUCUGCAACAAGAAAAAGAGGCUUUGGAGGCACUUCACAACAAGAUGGAAGAUUUAGAGACCAGCUCCAAGCAGGAAAAAGAAAAGGCGUGCGAGUUGCUGCAGGCAGAAAGGGGCAGAUUAGAGAGGUUGGCUCAGAUUGUGUGUGAGCAGCGCUCUCAGCUGGACAGCUGCCCUGAAGCCACCAAGGAGCCCCUGCAGGAGCAGCUAGCCAGGGAUUGUGAAGUGCUUGACACAGAAACCAAACGCUUCGAGGACCUGGAGUUUCAGCAUCUGGAAAAAGAGAGUAGGCAGGACGAGGAGAAGGAAACGCAGAUCCAACAGCUUCUCAAGGAGAUUGCAGACUACCAGCGCAGUUCUGUCACUCGCAAGGAACGACUGUUAACUUUGAAGAUGCAGGCUACCCAGAUUACCCAGCAGGCUCAGCGAGAAAAGGACAGCUUUAUAAAGGAGAGGAGCAACCUUGAAUCAAUGCUGCAAAGAGAGAAAGAAAAUCUGGUGUCACUUGAAAGAAAAUAUGCUGAUCUCACCGGGGGACGAAGCUUCUCUCUGAGAGAGGGAUAUGUCACAGUCAGUGAAAUCAAUGAGCUUUACUCACAGCUUGGGCAGAAACCUAAACCCGCUCUUGCCCCCUCUCUGGCCAAAACCCCUCCUGAGUCAGAGGUAAACCCUUCCCCUGAAGAGGCCCCCCCUGAGCUAAAGGAGGAUGAGCCUUCUUACUCUUCUUCACCCACCGACUGUCACUCCUGUUCCUCCUCUUCUUCUUCAUCCAAUCUAAAUCCUCGUCCUCUCCCCAAAACCCCCUCUGUGCACUGGCCAGAGAACAUGGUGACAUAUCGAGACCCUUCCCCCCUCCCCGACUCCCCCCCACCCCCUCUUCCUGCCAAAAACCAUCAUCGGCGACACAGGCAGCAUUUCCGGAUGCUGGAAGAAAGGAAGCGGUCCGAGAAAGACGCUGGCUCACAUCUCAGUGAUACUUUACCCAGAAAGAAACCCCCCCCAGCUUUGAACUCUCAGUUUACAUGUGCUACACUUGGUCGGCCGUUCUCAACCAAGUCCCAUCAGCCCCUGGUACAGAGUUCAAGUUGUGGCAGCAUUCUUCCCAGAAUGCUCUCUUUAUCCAAGGAAAGUGAUUCUAGACAUCUGCAUAAAGGUUCAGGUCAGCCAAGCUCGCGGGCGGCUUCUCAAACGAACGUCUACCUUGAUGCCUUUGGGUACCGUGACAACCAGGCCUUUGACACGAUGAGUGUGGACAGCAGUGACUCCAUAGAAACCAGCAUCUCUGCUUGCUCACCGGACAACGUCUCCAGUGCCAGUACCUCCAAUGUGGCAAAGCUAGAGGAGAUGGAGCGCCUGCUGAGAGAGGCACAGGCAGAGAAAAACCGCCUCCUGGAACACAAGGAGCAAGAAAUGGAAAUAAGAAAGCAAGCCCUGGAGGAGGAGAGGAGAAGAAGGGAGGAUUUAGAGAAAAGGUUACAGGAGGAAACGAACCGGCGACAGAAGCUAAUCGACCGUGAGGUGAAACUGCGAGAGAAACAGAGAGCACAGUCCCGGCCGCUCACUCGGUACCUUCCGGUGAGAAAGGACGACUUUGACCUGCGGGCUCACAUUGAGUCAGCGGGCCACAGCACAGACACGUGCUUCCACCUGUCCAUCUCCGAAAAGACCUGCCGAGGAUACCUGAUCAAGAUGGGAGGCAAGAUCAAAACUUGGAAGAAGCGCUGGUUUGUGUUUGACCGCAACCGACGCACACUUUCAUACUUUGCUGACAAGCAUGAAGCCAAGUUGAAAGGGGUGAUUUACUUCCAGGCGAUUGAGGAAGUAUACUAUGACCAUUUGAAGAACGCACACAAGAGCCCAAACCCUACGCUGACCUUCAGUGUGAAGACCCACGAUAGAAUUUACUACAUGGUCGCUCCUUCACCUGAGGCCAUGAGGAUCUGGAUGGAUGUGAUUGUCACCGGAGCUGAGGGAUAUACACAGUUCAUGUUGUAGUGAAGACGGUGAGGGACAUUCAUAUUUUAUCAGAUAAAGGGGAUUUUUUUUUUUAAUCCUUGCUUUUCAUCCAGAAAAGAUUCCCAAAGACACAGAAUGUUUACUUCGAACAAGCCUGUUUGUUCACAGGAGUGGAUUUUACUGCCUUUUUGUGGUUUCCCAAACAAUUCAAAUGACAUGCAGACAAUGCCAGAAGACGUUUUCUUCUCUGGCUGACUGAACAGCAGUGAUGACGCCUUCGUCCAUUCGCCACAGCUCCCUUCUCAAGUGUGGAGUCUCUGUGCCACACGCAUUUAAAAAAAAAAAACCUUUUUUUUUUAUUGGUAAAAAUAUUUUGUACCUUAACUGCUGUCUUUAAGACAAACUCUUAAAAGAUCAUUUUGUAAGACUGAAUUUAAGGGGAUUGGGUUAAAAAUGCGAGGAGAGUUCACCUGAAACUAAAGCAGAUAAAUUUAAAGAUGUUUAUAGCAUUUUAUUCCAUCCUUAGCUUAGUGGCAAAGAAAUAAAGUAAAUUCUGCAGAUGCUGGAGCUCCAUUAGGUUUCAUAAAAAAUGUCAUAAAAAAAAAUCUUAUGUCAGUCAUUAAGGUUGUAUAGUUAUGCUUGAAAUGUUUUUACCACCUUCCCAAGAAAAAAAAAUUGUGUUUUUUUAAUCAUGAUUACUGUCGGUAAUUUUGAUUUCCUCAUUUUUUUUAAACAAAUUGGAAAAAAACAAAGACUAAAUGUACUAAUUUUAUGCUUUAUUAUAUCUUAAAACUUAUUAAGACAGAUAAAGAAUGGUAAAGUUUUAUGAUGGUUCUGUUUAAGGUAUUAUGGCAUUCUCAGGUUAAAACAGGUUGUUGUUCGUUCAUUCUCAGACACAGAAGUGCCUUUAUUGUGUGAACGCUUGCUUCUAUUUUAGCUACAAGGUGCUAAUAUGUAUUAUUCACAGAAAAAGCCUCAAAGAAGACUGAAUUGGAGGUUGGUUACUAUUGCUUUGUUUCUUUUUUUGUAACCUAAUGUUGAAGCAUUAUAUCAUCUUAAAGUGUUAAGUUUCCGUGCUGUGAGAGGCACAACAUUUUUUUUAAUUAUUUUUAAAUACUUCUUGCUACGAUGAUCAUUAUCUAGUUUUUUUUUUACACAGCAGCUUUCUGAAUACAUCUAUAUAUUUUUAGAGCAACAAAGUUUUCAUUAAUGAAGUUAAACUGUCAGGCACACAAAUCGAUGGUACAUUUAUUAGCCUGGUAAUAAAGCUGAUUAUUAUGCUGCCUUUAGAACACGUCUAUUAUCACUAUAUUCUAGCUUAAGUUGCUAAUCCGCUAUGAUCACCAGAGCUCAUUUUGAUAGGAAUCAUGCUACAUAAUAUAUCACGUCAGAAAAGUUUGCUCUACUGAGAAGCACCUACAGGAAUAUAUUGUGUUGUUUUUUGCUGAUCAGAGUGUAGAAAUAUGAAGUAACUACAUGUUUGGCCUCAGUAUGCUUGUUUCUUAUGACAUAUCGAAUAUGUAGUUAUUGAGUUUAUCCGAGGGGCUGGAACAGUGGAUAUUUUUCCAUUUUAAUUCAUACUUUUAAGGUUUGUUUUAUUUUUUGUACGAGUUUUUUUUAUUUUGACCCCACUGUAUUUAUGUCAUUAUUAAUUUCUGUAUGUAUGUUUUGUGUAUCCAAAUAAGAAAUAAAUUCCAUAUUCCAUCUUUUA